ACUCGGUGACGUCUCCGGGAGCGCGUGGAGCGCGGGGAGCGCGGAGGGGGAAAGCGGCUCUGACCGCGGCGCAGCGAGGAGAGCCGGCGAUGGCUUCGCUCGGGCAGGAGCAGCGCUACGGCCUCUGCUGCGGGACGAGCGGCCGGACGGGCCCCGGCGCGACGCUGUACCACGUCAAGCUCACGGACACGGCGGUCAAGGCACUGGAGGCUUACCAGCAACUCAAGGGAUCGUUGCCAAAUGAACCGUCAAUCUGUUUCAAAGGAAACCAAGGGUACAUCAAGAUACCAGCUCCCACACCAGAGUCGCUGUCUGCUCUUCGCAUCUUCUCCUUCUACUUAUCCAGCGACAGCAAAGACCAACCUCAAGCCAGCUUCGACUGCAUCCAUCAAUAUGUCUCAAGUGACGGCCGUGAACAGCUGGAAGGUCAGGGCAUCAUCCAGGACAAGAUUACCGUGUGUGCGACAGAGGACUCCUACCAGAUGACCCGCGAGAGGAUGUCUCAGGUGGAGAAGGACAGCUGGAGCCGCUCUGCCAUUGAGAUCAAACCUGGAGCCACACAUCCAAGUAAAUGUGUGAAGUUCCACAAGAGGCCGGCUCCUGCUUCUACGUCAGACAGCAACUUCUUGAAGCAGUGUACCAAUAACCAGAGGAAUGGCGGCAUGGCCACGCCGACCCAGAAGCCCCUGAGGGAACGCAUCAUUCACCUGCUGGCUCUGAAACCCUACAGGAAGCCAGAGCUGCUGCUGUGGCUGGAAAGAGAGAGAGCCUGCCCCAAGGACAAGGCUGAGCUGGGUCCUAUACUGGAGGAGGUGGCAAAGGCGAAUCCCAAAGACAGCAGCUACCUGCUGAGGGAUGACUUCUACAAGCAUGUGCAGAGGGACUGGCCUGGCUACAGCGAAGAGGAGAGGCAGCUGAUCAGCAGGCUGCUGGCCAGGAAGCUGCAGCCGCAGAUCAGCAACCAAUUUAGAAGUUUUCAAGCAAACGCGUCUAUAUUAAAGCCCUCAGAGGAUACGGCACUUCAUCACAGCACAGUGAAAAAUCCCUUAGUGAAACGCCCUGUGCCUUUUGACUCACUGGAGAGACUAGCUGUUAAGAGACAAAAACUUGUGGACCAGAGGUUGCAACAGCAAUCCACUGUAAAUGGACUCUUAAAAAAUAAAGGACACGACAAUGCAACUCCUACGGUCAACCACAGCUUCCACACAAAGACUGAGUUUCGAGGGACCACAAACCAUAGUGGUAAUCAGAAUGCCUCGCCGGAGGGCCACGACAGCUUCCCUGUUGCGCACAAACUGUCCGGCACCUCUGACACACCUGUAACAGGGAACAGGGAGCAAGAACCCAAAGGAAGCGACCACCAGCCACCGCAGGGUCACUCUGACUGCGCUCACCAGCAGCUCACUAUCAGCCAGCACCGAAAGAAGAAAUCUAAAAAGCACAAAGACAAGCAGCGGGAGAGGUUAAAAGACAACAAGGGCAGUGAUUGUUUGGUGACGAGUCCUGAUCUUAAGCACAGCCCGGAAAAACUUGAAAAUCUUGACAUCACAAAAACUGUGGUCUCUGAGGAGAAGCCUGAUUUUGUGCUCAACUAUGGGCCCAUAAUGAGUUUGGAGCAACGUAAGAGGUACCAGGAAGAUUUUUGUGCAGAGUAUGAUGAGUACAAAGACCUUCACUCCCGGAUCGCCACCAUAACUCACAUGUUUGUUCAGCUAGGCUCCAAGAUCAAGAGCCUGUCGCCGGGCACACACGACUACAAGAUAAUGGAAGACCAAAUACUAGUAAAGUACAACAAGUAUCGGAAGAAGUUCCCAGGCUACCGGGAGGAGAAGAAACGCUGCGAGUAUCUCCAUGAGAAACUGUCCUACAUCAAACAGCUCAUCAUAGACUAUGAUGUCUCUCAAGCUUCUUCGUAGCAUAUAGGCUCCCUGCUGACACCAGACUUUAUUUAUAUGGAAGAUCCUUCUUUGCAUUAACAGCACAGGUAUCAAACAAUACAUUUUUUUUACCUGAGAUUAAUGUAAAAGGUUGUGGAGGAGACUGCAGGCGUCACACGGACAACUUCUGCCCGGACCAUGGAUGAUGCUGUGAGCACUAAUUAUUUUAUGACAAGGACAGAUUUCACUUUCAUUUAUAAGUCUGUUUGUAUUGACCUCAGCAUUUGCUUCAAACGAUGUCCAAUGGAGAAGCGAAUAUAGUCUUGGGAUUAUGGGAUUGGUGCAACUGUGCACAUGACAAUGCCAUGACAGACAGUUUCCCUAAUAGUUGUUGCCAGCCCUGUAAAAACCAGUGUCAGUGUAAGCCAUUUUGUUGGAUAUAUGUGCAACGUAGCAAAUGAGUCCACACGUUUCUAAUGUAGUUUCCCUACAACGUUAAGUUUAAAGUAAUCACUGCAUCAGCUUCAAGAUACUUUUAAAAUAAAUUGACUUUGUAUUGGAGUGAAAUAAUAUCAUCUUAUUGGGAUUAAAUAAUAUACAAUUGAUGUGAUGCGUUAGAAUGAAGAUAAUUUGCAAUAUAGUGCUAAAGUUCACUUGGAUUCAUCAGGCUAGCUUGUGUCAUGAGAGGAGAAUGUGGAACUGACACUUUGGACACUAAAAUCAGAUCCUUAUCAUAUUUAAUAACAUUUUGAAAGCAGCUGUGUAUAUACAGAGAAGAAACUGAAAAGCAUAUCAAAGGCUGUAUAUUUGCAAAUUCACAUAGAACCUGAUGCAGCACAGUCUGAGGGAUAUAUCGGUCUGUGCCUUCUCCCAAAUGCACUUGCGACUAUCUUCAGUAUUUAUUCACCACACCCUUUUUUUUUCUUCUUCUUCUUUUUUAUGAUUGGUGAAGGUACCAAAAUGCUUGGCUUUAUAGGCUGUUGCAAUAACUUGGACCAUUUACUGACGUGGUCAAUCAGGCGCCGAGUCUAUUUUUAAGUAUUUCAACCCACUGGAAAGAAGUGUGUUCCGCUCUCUGCUUCGAACUACUGAUGUAUUUAUUUUAAACUUCUUCUGUCAUGUGUUGUUGGUCUCCUCAGCUUGAAGCGUCAGAUUUUGUUAGAUCAAAGUGUUUGUGUGCGAGCAGCUUGGGGUGGGAGAGGUGGAUGAAAGGCUCGACUUACGUAAUAUGGUUUGUCUCCUUCUGACCUGACAAUAGUGGUGAGUCACUGGGUUUAGAGCUGCCCCCAAGUUCUUCUAAAUAUGUUAUAAUAUGAAAUGGCAAAGAAAGGCUGCAGAUGGGAGAGCGGCCACUUCACCAAAUACUUAAAACGUGUCUUAAAAUAACCAAUUGAGGUAUUUUAAAUAUUAACCUGGAGGGUUUUAUAUUCUUCGGUUUCCAGUUAAUAAUCAGCACCCAGUUAGGUUUUCUUGCACUAACCCCAGUUUGAAAGAAAAGGGGGAAGCAGGCUCAUGAAAUUCCCGUUCAGAUUAUAUUGUAGGAUAACAGUUUUUGUACUGAAUGUUCAAUCACCAAGUCAAUAAUGUACAUAGAAGCCUUAAGAUUACACUUCAAUAGGAAAACAAUCUUCAAACUGCCAAUAUCAAUAUGGAGUUAAUAUCCACCCUCAUCUGCUAUCUGCCUUAUAUUAGUGUUAGCCAUUAAACCUGUAUUAAAUGUAUUUUUAAAAUUGUUUAGUGCACACUUUGAUUUGCUUCAAAGGCAUAUCUUACUCAGCAGUUGAGUUUGUAAUCCUCAUACGGUACUCCGUUUUAAAACCAUCAUCCAGACACAUGGUCAGGCAUUUAUCAUGAGGAAUUAUAUUAGUGGUCCAGACUAUCACUGAUAUUCCUAUUUGCAUCCCAUCUGACUGAGCCCUGAACAUACGUUUGAUUGGAUGUCAUCUGUGAUUUUCUGCUAUACUUCAAGCACAUACACAAAAAAUAAAACUACUCAAUCAGUUUCAGGUAGUGGGUGGUAAUUAUGAAAACGUUUCAGGGAAAAAACGGUUGAUUAGUGUCAAGUGGUUGAUUAAAGACUGUAAUUAUGUGUGGGACUUUGAUGAAAUAAUCAUUGGACAGAAUAUUUCUUGCAAAAUCACGAAAAUUAUAUCUUAAAAUCUUGCUACAAUGAAAGGUUCCUAAGAUAUAUUUUGACUGACGCUGAGCAUUUACAAGGCAGAUGUUUUUAUGUACUAUGCACGCGCUGAAAGGAAGGUCAGAGAGCGUCAUGAACUUUUUGAAAUAUGUACUUUCUGUUUUUGUGCAAAGUUCAUACGAAUAAAAGCAUCAAAGUGA